GGAAUGGGACAAAGGGAAGCUUUUGCUGUUCUGUAUAUUUCUGUCUUGUUGGAAAGUCGCAUUGUGGCAAAAAUGUAUUUGGGCAUUAUUUCUGCACUUUCAAAGAUAACACUUAAAAUGGAGCCGUGACAGAAGUGCAGAUUUCUGUGUUUCUCACAACAGACUUGCUCUGGCCCAUUCCAGAUCUAGAACGACGCCUUCCCUGAGCAUGGGCUGCCCCCCACCCACUGCCCUGGUACACUGACAGGCACUUCUGGGGACACCAUGUCCACGUGCUCCGGCUCAGCCCAGACCCGUCCUUGUGAUUCUUCUCACAGAGCCCUUGAGAUGAGAACUAUUUGCUGUGCUGCUUUGAGCCCGUGGUUGGAUUUCAGACACCAGCUAGCAAACAGAAAAGGCAGGGAGGUGCCUCUCCUAACCUUUGAGAUCAAACAGGCAGGGUGCUGUGUACUCCAUUUGUUUAAGAACCUGGCUCCGGGGAGAAUAGGGGUUCUAAGGCUGUCUGGGUCCUGUGGGAAUGUGGGGUCAGUGUAGAGAGCUUUCCACAGAGCUGGGGAGAUAAGCCAGGACCCAGAUUGCCGAUGAGCCCAUGAACCCUGCGUUUGAAGCUCCUAGGUUUCAAAACCAGGUACAGGGGGGCUCCAGUUCCCCAUGAGUCUGCGGCUGGUUUGUCAUGGGAAAUAAAUGGCAAACGUCCUAAGUAGACAUCCCUGCAGGAAAAGAAUUCUGAUUUUGUGUUUCUCUCGGCUGCUGUUUCGUUCUGUGCCCUCAGAAAACUGGCUUCUCUUUAUGGAGGGUCGGUUUCUUCAUCUCGAAAAUGAAGGAAAAACCAGCCUUUCUCUUCCCAGGAGGGUGUUCCCAGCAGGUGUCAAGGGGAGUGAUGGGACCGGGUUUGGAAUCCUGGCUGACAGCAGCUCUCACUUUAAGAGGCCACAGGAGACCUUCUGCCCUAAGAGGAAGCCGCAGGGCCCAGCUGUACCCUGAGUUUGGAGUACCCCGCUUCCCUCUUACUUGUCUGGUACACCCCUUGGUGUUCCUCAAGACCCAGCUGAGAUGUGACCUUCUCCAGGAAGCCUUCCUGAGUCUCCUCAGGGCUCAUGAAAGGAGAGCAGCAUGAGGAGCAGGGGCUGGGCCCCGGCCCUGCGGCACCCCCGCAGCCCAAAGAGGAGGAGGAGGCCCUGAUCGAGUUCCACCGCUCCUACCGAGACCUCUUCCAGUUCUUCUGCAACAACACCACCAUCCACGGUGCCAUCCGCCUGGUGUGCUCCCAGCACAACCGCAUGAAGACGGCCUUCUGGGCUGUGCUCUGGCUCUGUGCCUUCGGCAUGAUGUACUGGCAGUUCGGCCAGCUGUUCGGGGAGUACUUCAGCUACCCCGUCAGCCUCAACAUCAACCUCAACUCGGACAAGCUCGUCUUCCCCGCCGUCACCAUCUGCACCCUCAAUCCCUACAGGUACACGCAAAUUAAAGAGGAGCUGGAGGAGCUGGACCGCAUCACAGAGCAGACGCUCUACGACCUGUACAAAUACAACUCCUCCAGCACCCUGGGGACCCACCCCCGCGGUCGUCGCGACUUGCGGGAGCCCUGGCCGCACCUCCUGCAGCGCCUGUGGUCCCCGGCCCCGCCCCCCGGGGCCCGCGGAGUCCGCAGCGCCGCCUCCAGCGUGCGGGACAAUAACCCCCAAGUGAACAGGAAGGACUGGAAGGUCGGCUUCCAGUUGUGCAACCGGAACAAAUCGGACUGCUUUUACCAGACGUACUCGUCAGGGGUGGAUGCAGUGAGGGAGUGGUACCGUUUCCACUACAUCAACAUUCUUUCUCGACUGCGGGACACUUCUCCAUCCUCAGAGGAGGACAUGCUGGACAACUUCAUCUUUGCCUGUCGCUUCAACCAGGCCUCCUGCAAUCAGGCGAAUUACUCCCACUUUCACCACCCGAUAUAUGGGAACUGCUACACUUUCAAUGGCAAGAACAACUCUAACCUCUGGAUGUCUUCCAUGCCUGGGAUCAAAAAUGGUCUGUCCCUGACGCUGCGCACAGAGCAGAAUGACUUCAUCCCGCUGCUGUCCACAGUGACCGGGGCCAGGGUGAUGGUGCAUGGGCAGGAUGAGCCUGCCUUCAUGGACGAUGGCGGCUUUAACUUGAGGCCUGGUGUGGAGACCUCCAUCAGUAUGAGGAAGGAAGCCCUGGACAGACUUGGGGGCGACUAUGGUGACUGUACCAAGAAUGGCAGUGAAGUCCCCGUGGAGAACCUUUAUCUUACCAAGUAUACACAGCAGGUGUGUAUCCACUCCUGCUUCCAGGACAGCAUGAUCAAGGAGUGUGGCUGUGCCUACAUCUUCUAUCCGUUGCCCAAGAACGCAGAGUUCUGUGACUACAGGAAGCAUAAUUCCUGGGGUUACUGUUACUAUAAGCUCCAGGAUGCCUUUUCCUCAGACCGCCUGGGGUGUUUCACCAAGUGCCGGAAGCCGUGCAGUGUGACCAGCUACCAGCUCUCUGCUGGUUACUCACGAUGGCCCUCAGUGACAUCCCAGGACUGGAUCUUCCAGAUGCUAUCCCGACAGAACAAUUAUACUAUCAACAACAAAAGAAAUGGGGUCGCCAAACUCAACAUCUUCUUCAAGGAACUGAACUACAAAACCAAUUCUGAGUCUCCCUCUGUCACGAUGGCCACUCUCCUGUCCAAACUGGGCAGCCAGUGGAGCCUGUGGUUCGGCUCCUCGGUGCUGUCUGUGGUGGAGAUGGCUGAACUCAUCUUUGACCUCCUGGUCAUCACGUUCCUCAUGCUGCUCCGGAGGUUCCGAAGCCGAUACUGGUCUCCAGGCCGAGGGGGCAGGGGUGCCCAGGAAGUGGCCUCCACUCCAGCUUCCUCCCUCCCGUCCCAUUUCUGCCCCCACUCCACAUCCCCACCAGACCCUGCUACCUCCCCGGCCUUGAUGGCCCCUCCGCCUGCCUAUGCCACUCUGGGUCCCUGCCCAUCUCCAUCCAACUUGGUGGAGGCCAGCUCCUCUGCCUAUACUCUGGGGGAGCAUUGAGAGGGAAGGAAAGUGCCCUCCCCUCCCAAGGCAGGCGCUUCCCCUGGUGGGAGGGGAGCAGGCUUGGCAGGAUUAAAGAAUGUCUUGGGACUUCCUCUCA